UAGAUCUUCAGGACGUCGAGCCCGUUUGCAGCCGCUGCCGUAACGGGGUCGUGUAUGGAUUGACUUCAUGUCACCUUUAAAACCCCUUUUGUGGUUUUAAAACCCCUUUUGUGGUUUUAAACUUCAAGAAACCACCCAGACUUUUUGCCAUCUCGCCUUUGAGUUUUUCUGGAGAAAUAUAUGUUUAUUUUUUUGGCGCCGGUGGUUCGCGAAAUCUUGCCGGUUGCGGACGAUGCUCAAAAUGUUGGUAUAAAACAUUCGAGCGUUCUCAACGGUGAAACUUUACCUCAGAAAAACAGUGGAUAACUAUCGUUUUUACCUGAGGUAAUUGUUGUGUGAUUUUUACCUCAGAAAGUGAUGGCGGUGUGGGGGGCACGGCUGCUCGUGUUUUUCGUGAGUCUCACGGUUCUCCGGUUCGGCGGUGCAGAUAAAGGUUCUAAUAUUCGGGGUUUCGCUCCGUUCAGGUUCUCCGUGGAACCCGUCGACACGUUGGCUGUACGUGGUCUCCCUGCCGUUCUGAACUGCUCGGCCAUUAGCGACACUCCGGUAAUGGUAGAAUGGAAGAAGGAUGGAACAUUCCUGAAUCUGGCAGCGGACGAUAGGAGAAGCAAGCUCGCUGAUGGGUCUCUACUCAUCAGCACGGUGAUCCACUCCAAACACAAUAAGCCUGAUGAGGGGGUCUAUCAGUGUGUGGCAACCAUCGACAAUCUGGGUACAAUCAGCAGCCGAACCGCACGACUCACUGUGGCAGGGCUUCCACGGUUCCUCAGCCAACCGGAGGGCGUGUCCGUGCGUAUGGGCGGCACUGAGAUGCUCAACUGCGAGGUGGCGGAGGAGCUCGCCCCAUUCACCCGCUGGGAGAGGGGCGAUCAGACCGUCGAGUUGGACAGCAGGGUGUUACAGCUGCCCAGCGGAGCCCUCGUGAUCAGUAACGCCACCCGGACCGAUGCCGGACUCUACCGCUGCGUGAUUGACGGUCUGGGACCGGCCAAAACCAGCGAGGAGGCGGAGCUGCGAGUGUUGGCGGAUUCGGGUGUAGAGGAGAAGCUGGAGACCCUUCAGAGCCCGGUUGCCGUGGCAAAGGUUGUCGGGGAGAGUGUGUUGUUGCCGUGCGUCAUGAAAGGCUAUCCUGUACCAUUUAUGCGCUGGACGUUUAACGGCCGGCCGAUUGAUGAGGGCAAUGACCGUUUCGCUGUGAUUGGUGGAGGCAGUCUGCAGAUCCUGAAUCUGACAGAAGAGGAUGCUGGGAUAUACGGUUGCCAGGCGGACAGCGGCAACAUGACCAGCGAGAUACAAGCAGAACUCGCAGUGAGAGUUCCUCCUCAGUUCGUGACGAGACCCUCCAACACUUACGCCCAGGAGUCCAUGGACAUCAUCUUUGAGUGUGAUGUCACAGGGUCACCGCCGCCCACUGUCAAAUGGAUGAAGGACGGAGACACGGUCAUCCCGAGUGACUACUUCAGAAUAGUGAAGCAGCACAAUCUUCAAGUUUUGGGUUUAGUCAAAUCAGACGAGGGUUUUUAUCAGUGUUUAGCGGAGAACGACGCCGGGAACGUCCAGGCGAGUGCUCAGCUGAUCAUACUGGAUUUAGACGUUGCCAUCCCUUCCGCUGUCCCUUCACUGACUGAUGCCACUGCUGAUCAUGUAGCGUCCAGCCCUGGCGAGCGCUCUGGUCCCACCCCUGCACCGCGUGAUGCCGUGGCAUCUUUGGUGUCCACCCGCUUCAUCAAGCUUACAUGGCGACUUCCUGCCGAGCCACACGGGGACAACAUCACCUACUCAGUGUACUAUAGUUUGGACGGCACUAACAGGGAGCGUGUUGAGAACACGAGCGGACCAGGAGAGAUGCACGUCACCAUCCAGAACCUCGUUCCUGACACCAAGUACACAUUUCGGGUGGUCGCGUCUAAUGCCAACGGCCAGGGCGAGAGCUCCGCACCACUUACAGUGGCCACCCAGCCGGAGGUUCAGGUACCCGGGCCGGCCCCUAAUCUGCAGGUGGUAUCUGUUGGCACCACUUCAGUCACCUUGAGUUGGGAGAGACCAAUCACUGGAAACGGGGAGAUCCAGACCUACAAACUCUUCUUCAUUGAGAAGGGUCGAGACUCUGAGCAGGACAUGGAUGUUACAGGUUUGUCCUACACGAUGACGGGGCUCAAGAAGUUUACAGAAUACAGUUUUAGAGUGGUGGCGUACAACAAACAUGGUCCUGGCGUGUCUACUGAGGACGUUACAGUCCGAACGCUGUCUGACGUACCGAGCGCUCCUCCACAGAACCUGACCCUAGAUGUGCUCAAUUCAACGAGCAUCAUGAUCCGAUGGCAACCGCCUCCUGUGGGCACAUUGAACGGAGAACUGACGGUGUAUAAAUUACGAUACCGGAAAGGACUCAGAAAAGCGGAUGCAAUUGAAGUGUCAACCCCACAACUCUAUCAGCUGAUUGAUGGUCUGGAUAAGGGCCAGGUUUACACGUUUAGAGUGUCGGCCACCACCGUAAAUGGAACCGGACCAACGACGGAGUGGAUCGCAGCGGAAACCUUUGAGAACGAUCUGGACGAAUCUCAGGUACCGGGAGUCCCGAGCUCGCUGCACGUUCGUCCACUGGUAAACAGAAUCGUGGUGAGCUGGACUCCUCCAGACAAUCAAGACAUUUUAGUCCGAGGUUAUAAAAUCGGAUACGGUAUCGGCAGCCCUCACGCCCACACGGUCACUCUGGAUUACAAGCAACGUUUCUACAGCAUUGAUAACCUUGAUGCCAGCUCUCAUUACGUCAUCACCCUCAAAGCGUUCAACAACAUGGGCGAAGGAAUUCCGAUCUACAACAGCGCCACCACUAGGCCUGAGUCCGACCCCAUAGACCCUGAUAUUGAUUUCUAUGAACUGUUCAAUAACCCAUACACCCCAGCACCCGACCCCACACCCAUGCUGCCCCCGGUGGGCGUUCAGGCGACCGUCCUCGGCUUCGACACCGUCAAAGUCAGCUGGGCUGACAACUCGCUCCCGAAGAACCAGAAGAUCACCGAUUCCAGAUAUUACACCAUACGAUGGAAGACCAACAUUCCCGCCAACACAAAGUUUAAGAUGGCAAACACCACGUCUCUGUUACAUACUGUGACGGGACUGAAACCCAGCACACUGUAUGAGUUCUCCGUUAUGGUGACUAAGAGCCGCAGGAGCAGUACGUGGAGUAUGACGGCCCACGGCACCACCUUUGAGUCCAUUCCCAGCUCCGCCCCUAAAGAUGUGACAGUCAUCAGUAAAGAGGGAAAUCCACGAAUCAUCAAUAUUAACUGGCAGCCGCCCACUGAAGCCAACGGCAAAAUCACAGGUUACAUCAUCUACUACAGCACUGAUGUGAAUGCUGAGGUCCAUGAUUGGGUAGUGGAGCCUGUGGUGGGCAACCGACUGACCCAUCAGAUUCAGGGUCUGACCCUCGACACCACGUACUACUUUAAGAUCCAGGCGCGCAACUCUAAAGGCAUGGGACCCAUGUCUGACACAGUGCACUUCAGAACGCCUAAAGCUGAACCGUCUGAUAAGAUGUCGAGUGAUCAGGGGCUGCAAGUAAAACCCGGCCACCCCACCCUGCCGGAACAUGGGAUCGGAUCCAACUUUGAUAAGCCAGGCAUCACAGGCAGUCAGGAGAGUCAUAUUCUGGUGAUAGUGGUGAUCGUUUCAGUCGGAGUGUUUACGAUCAUCGCUGUGGUCGUCGGGGCCAUCCUCUGCACACGCCGGUCCAACUCACACCAGAAAAAGAAGCGUGCAGCGUGCAAGUCCAACCUCGGCUCUCACAAAUACAAGAGUUCUUCUAAAGACCUGAAACCUCCUGAUCUCUGGAUCCAUCACGAGUCUCUGGAGCUCAAACCCAUGGACAAAUCACCCGAACCGAACCCGGUUAUGACCGAGACGCCCAUCCCUCGAACCGCCCCGGACCCGACCGUUGAACCCUCCCAUCAGAGACGGGGUCAUGAGGUCGAGGAAAGUGUGUCCACGGUGGCUGCACUGAGGGGAGUGAGACCGAAAAUGAUGAUGCCCUUCGAUUCUCAACCUCCCCAGCCCGUGAUUAGCGCUCACCCCAUUCAUUCCCUCGAUCAUCUUCAUCACCAUCAUCAUCACUAUCAUCUUCCUCCGCGCGGCUACCUUCACCAUCAGAUCAGCCUGAGAGCGCCCGCCAUACCAACGCCAUACUUAGACAGGGCGCCCUCUACAGAGUCUGUGAGGACUCAACCCGCUGCACCUGAACCUCCGGUUGCCCCCGGUCAGCCCACCUGCACAGUGGAGCUGCAGAAGACGGAAGCGGUCAUUAAUGAGGAAGACCCGCCGAGCAUAAACCCACCGACGGCCCACGUCAGGCCAACACACCCGCUCAAGAGCUUUGCUGUGCCAGCGGUCACUGUCUCCGCCCACAACCCGCCCACCUAUAAGUCGGCAUUACCCAGCAACCCUCUGCUGGCACAGCAAGUGCCUGGCGUUAAGACCGCGUCCAUCGGAACACUAAGUCAAGCACGAGCUCCAAUGACAGGAACAGUCCCGAAUGCACCCGUCCAAUCAGAAACCAGCAAGAUGUUGUCACAGUCGGACAUGACGUAUGAAACAGAUGAACUAUCGGAGGAAAUGGCUCACCUUGAGGGUUUGAUGAAGGAUCUGAACGCCAUCACCACCGCCUGAAGCACACAACAGCUCAGACCAAUCAAACACGCUGAAAUUUCCCGGCUUAACCCUGCUCUCAGGAAGAAUCAGGCCGUUUUUAAAAAACACUGAUCCCACAUCAGCUUUAAGAAUGAGGAACUGAAUUAUCAAUGACUGGAAAUGGAUAACGGCUGCUGUUUAUCCAUCCUGCAUGGGUCUUUGUGGAGAAAAGCCGAAAAGAUGCGAAUUUGAAUUCAAACGUUCGACUCCGAUAAACCGUUUUGCACAACAACAAAAAAAAUGUCUAUGUUCUUUUGGGAUUGUAUUUCCAUAAUACAUAUUUAAAGUGCAUAUAUGUGUGUUUUGUUUAUGUUAAUAAUAGGACUUUUAUUUUGUAAAACCUCAUGUUUGCACACAUUAGGCUUCUUUUAUGAAACACUAGCCAAAUUUGUGUAAAUUGUUCGUAAAAUUAUUUUUACCUAAAUGGUCAGAUCCAGUUUAAUGGGCCUUAUCUGUGAAAUAUGAGCAGAGCACAUUACUGCGUAAAUGGUUCAUAAAUAUAUGUGGAUGUAUACAUUUUCCCAUUAAAUGGAACAAAUGACAAAUUAAUGGUUUUAUGUACAAUUCAUACAGAAAUUCGUUUUUCGCGUUUUUAAUGAAUAAGCAUUCUUAAGUAAAUUGUCAUAUUCAAUUUAGUGUUCGUAAAACCAUGCUUACGUACAUUAGGCCUUAUUCAUUAAACAUGCGCAGAAUGAAUCUGUGUACUUUUUUAAUAAAUCGAUUUGUACGUAAUAUUGUCUCAUUGAACUGAAUGCGACAAUUUACACGAAUAUUUUUACGUAUGAUAUACACGGGAAUCCGUUCUGUUCGUGUUUCAUGAAUCUGGCCCACCUCAAUGUUCGGAAAAUUCGUAAAAUCACUAUGUUAACUUUCACAAUCAAUUAAACAUUCUGGAAACAUUCUUAAAUGAAUUGGGCUUUGUGCGUAUUUAAUUGAAUUUGACAAUUUACGGUAAAAAGGUGUUAUGGAAAAAUAUUCAUAUUUAUUUUGCUUGUGUUUCAUAAAUGAGGCUCAUUGUUGCAUUCAAUUUAAUGUUUGUAUAAUAACUUUUGCAUAAAUCGUCACAUUUAGUUCAGCGUUCGUAAAACCAUUCUUACGUAAAUUUUCUAAUUCAAGUAAAUGUUCGCAAACCCAUCUUAGGUUAAUCAGCACAUUCGGUUCAUUGUUCAGAAAUGCAUUCUUAUAUAAAUUGUCACAUUUUGACAAUUUACGCAAUAAUUAUUUUACGUAUGAUAUACACGGGAAUCCGUUCUGUUCGUGUUUCAUGAAUCUGGCCCACUUCAAUGUUCGUAAAAUUCGUAAAAUCACUAUGUUAACUUUCACAAUCAAUUAAACGUUUUGGAAACAUUCUUAAAUGAAUUGUCGCUUUGUGCGUAUUUAAUUGAAUUUGACAAUUUAUGGUAAAAAGGUGUUAACGGUAAUAGCGUUUGCAUAAAUCGUCACAUUUAGUUCAGCGUUCGUAAAACCAUUCUUACGUAAAUUUUCUAAUUCAAGUAAAUGUUCGCAAACCCAUCUUAGGUUAAUCAGCACAUUCGGUUCAUUGUUCGGAAAUGCAUUCUUAUAUAAAUUGUCACAUUUUGACAAUUUACGCAAUAAUUAUUUUACGUAUGAUAUACACGGGAAUCCGUUCUGUUUGUGUUUCAUGAAUCUGGCCCACCUUAAUGUUCGUAAAAUUCGUAAAAUCACUAUGUUAACUUUCACAAUCAAUUAAACGUUUUGGAAACAUUCUUACAUGAAUUACGUUUUGUGCGUAUUUAAUUGAAUUUGACAAUAUAUUUAAAAAUAUUCAUAUUUAUUUUGCUUGUGUUUCAUAAAUGAGGCUCAUUGUUUCAUUCAGUUUAAUGUUUGUAUAAUAACGUUUGCGUAAAUCGUCACAUUUAGUUCAGCGUUCGUAAAACCAGCCUUACGUAAAUUUUCGAAUUCAACUAAAUGUUUGCAAACCCAUCUUAGGUUAAUCAGCACAUUCGGUUCAUUGUUCAGAAAUGCAUUCUUAUAUAAAUUGUCACAUUUUGACAAUUUACGGAACAAUGGUUUUAUGAAAAAUGCACUCGUGUUUCAUGAUCGAGUUUCUGCUGUGUUGCUUUAUUUUAGUGUGUUAUCCUGAGUUGCUCCAUAAACAUGCAUAUGUCAUGAGCUUCAUAUAAACGCUUUGUCUAAGCGUCAUCGUUGGAGAGAAAGUGAGAUCUGUGGAGCUUCUAUCUCUCGGAUGCAACAUCCCAUCUGUCGUGAGGGAUGCCCGUAGCAUUACAAUUAUGAAUGUGCAUAAAACAGCGGAUUCUAUGGAUACCGCGUGGACUUGCUGACAGCUUCCUGUUUUUUUUCUCGUUAAGCUCUGAUGUUAUGAUCUUAUUCCAACAUACAGUGACAUUGAGGUUUGGUGCUGCAGAAACUCCUGAAAUUGAGACGGUUUGCAAAAGUGAAGUGAAUCGUUCCAAACCUCGGAGCCGCCUGCUCCUGUUCCCCGGGGUCCGGACUCCUAAUUUGGGGCCCCAGAGAUUCUUCAUGGAGUUUAAUGCCAAGUGACUCUCACAUUUUUGUACUUUGAGAGCUAUAUAUACACACACACACACACACACACAAUGAACUGCAGAUAUUUGCUUACGUAAAUACUUUGUACACUCCCAAAAAAAUGAUUUUUAUAUAUUCAUGUAUUGGUUUGUUUUAUAUGAAUAUGACACAUCGCUUUGUAAACAUUUUCCAUGUAAGUUAUGAUAGCGGAAAUGGUUAAAUAUUCUGCAUUGUGUUUUCGCCGUGCCGGUUGGCGGACACGUUCUUCUAAAGACUGAGAGAAAAUAUCGAUGACGACGAACUCUGCCUUGCUCGUGUACAGUUUCUCACGUCAUGAAUGUCAAUGUGGCUGUAACAAGUUCUGCUUAUGAAUUAAGUUGUUGUUUUUGUUUACAAUAACGGAGGAAGAUUUAAAAAAAAAAAAAAAAAGGAAAAAAUAAGACACUGAACCAUGUUGUAUGGGCAGUGUACCGUCAACUGUCAUUUGCACUUUUUAUAUUUCGGAUUUGAAAUGGAUCGCUGAUGACGUGAAAUAUAAACCUAUUUUAUGUAACAAUGAUGUCACAAGUAAACAGCUAGUUUCAAAGACAAA